AUGGAGAACACAGAUGUGGCUACCUCUGAUAAGGCGAGAAGUUCAGAGCAUUAUUCGGAAAUGGAUCGAGGACCUGCAACACAGAACGAUAUUUCCCAACGAGAUUCAAGUCCAUCGGGAAAAACAAUGGAUAGACAGCGCGAAGCUCAAGAAUAUAUUCGCAAUCGUCGAGCACAAGCAACCGUGGCAGAUGAGGCAGAUGAGAAUGCCAUGAUCGAUAACGUUGCACAAUUUGGGCCACAAAAUAUAAGUAGAGAAAAUGAAGAUGAUGAACAAAAGCUACUUGCCACAUUAGCAGAAAAGUACAAUUACAAUCUAUACCUAACUGAUGAUGCAAAGCCUUCUGGAAAUUCGGAAAGUCCUGUGAUCGAGCAUACAAAUUACGCUGCUCAACUACAUCGCGCUCAGCCGUCAUCAUCGUCCCAAACACGUCAAAUAACAGAUGGGCAUGAUUCCUGGCACCACUCUCGUCCCAGAAAUCGAUCCAAUUCCCCACCAGCCGAAGAUCUCCCUCAAUCUCCUUCCCCAUCAAUACGACAGCUUGACAGUACGCAAAUAACUCCAUCUCCUCCGCCACCUAUUCCAACAGCUCCAAUUUCCGAAUUCCGUACUGGUCCUAUCUUUUCUAAUUCACAUAUGCCUUACCAAGCAAAUAAUCCUCGACCCCCCUACACAACAAACCUCAGACAAUACGCAGAUAGAAAUCGGAUACCGGCCGCCAAGCAGAUAUCCGAGCGAUCGGGGUUUGAGAACAAUACGACCAAUGCUGGAACACAACCAUCUGUAGCCAGUCAGCUCUCAGACAGAUAUAGACAUAAUCAGAUCGUGUCUCCCCCACAUCAAAAAUCACAGUCGCCGCAGGCGGCACCUACUCAAUGGGCGGCACCCAAACCUGCUCGAAAUAAUACCAAUAUUGUCCAGAAUUUGCAGGAUUCUCAGGCCUUACAGUUAUCGGAGUCCGGGUCGCAAGUGUCUAGGCUUCAACCUGUAUCCUAUCCUUCCCAAUCACGGGAAGAUGCUCCUCGACAAAAUGUAGAGCAGGGGCAUGAUUCCUCACACCUAAGCGGCCCAGAGCUCUGGAGCCAUAAUAAUAGGCUUCCGCAAAAGAACUACCCAACUCCCGAUAGUCUAUCAAGCAAUAGUCGCCGCCAGAUGUCUUAUGCACCUCAGACCAAUUCUCAUAAUAGCCCUAAGGCUUACGGUCAUGCGCCACCUGGACAACUUGCACCUGUCUCGCAAGGUCAUCACGGAGUCCAUGGACACGAAACAUAUGAGCCCCACCAUGAGCAUGAACGAGGGCCCGCGGAAUAUGCUUAUGGUCAAAACUCUCAGGGAGAAUUCAGUCCGCCAACAACGAUGCCUAACCAGUCAAACUUUACUCCAGAAUCUCAUGGAAAUUCCACUCGUGGUCAUGCAGGAGGAUACAGUUCGGAACACCAGUUCGAACCAACCUUGGAAGGUCGUAGACCACACAUGCAUGGAUCAACAUCAUCGCCCACGCUUCAUCGCCAUAAUAAUCUCGUCGACUGGAGAUCACAGCUUUGCCAACUAUUCAAUGCACCACCUGAAAGUCAUGACGAAGAUUUGUUCAAAAUGCUGGAAAUAACAAGGAGCAAAAUUCUGCCAGAUAACCGUGACUUAGAGCCAGAAAAACUUACACUGCCUUAUCAUACUAUUUAUCGAGUCAGAUGUCAUCAAAAGGAACAGACCCAUAUGUUUUUGGACACCCCUUGGCUUGUGAAGGAUAGUUCGACCGGUGAACAUAUACAUGGCAGUAUGAUUGUAAGGAACAUCGCUCUCCAUGUUCAGCAAUAUACAAACCUAUCGUUUAUCGUAUACCAAAACUACGCCUGCUGUAAACCCAAAUCCGAUACAUUGAUAAGAUCAAAGUCACUGAAAUCGAAAUCUGGAGACUCGGAACAUCCUGUCGCGAAUGACGAGAAUGAACUCGUAGAAUUUCUCGAAGGCGAGUCGGUGUGUUUGGUCGGUAGCGAGCUAUCUGCCGGUCUCAAAAGACUUACCAGACAAAACAUCCAAGAGAAUUCAUAUUACCCUUCAUUCAAUGUUGGUACCGAGUUUGAGGCACCAUACCCAUGGUUUUAUCAUCAAAGAGCUUCAUUGGAAGAGCGCAGACGCCAGUUAAAGCCCGAGCUCUUGACUCGUGUAAAUUCCUUUGUGGAGUACGUUAAUGAUAGCUUUGGCCCGGAAUAUGCUAUUGUUGAUGCACUUCUAAGCCAAGGGAAGAUAUCUCGUAAAUAUCUAUGUUACCUUUACAGCCCCGAAACCGUCAUAUUGCGUACUGUUAAAGAGGAAGAGGGCAAGAAGAAGGCGUACUUAACUAAAUCUUGGCUUCAUUUACAAGCAGGAGGAAGUCCGAAAGAGAGAGGACAGUCUGUUACGUUGGCACCCUCCUUACUCGUAUCUUCUUGGACGUUUGAUGGUCUUUUUCAAGAGAACGUUGAGUCAAUCACGGUUGAUGAUUUCAAGAACUCAGAAGAAGUGGUAAAAAUCACUGCUCUCAGCACUUAUCCAAUGCGGUACGCCGACCCCACUAUUGGAACCUCGCUUCGAAAACAAGGAGAAAUGUUCUGGAAAUUCCGCCAUCCCUGCUACAUAUACUAUAGUGAAGAAGAUGAGUCGGAAGACGAUAUUGGACAGUCCAGGUAUAUGAUUGACGUCCAAACGUACAAGAAGUUGCAUUCCAAAUCCGCUGGAACGGAAGCCCAUAAUCGAGACGAUUUAGGUACCUUAGCUAUGGCGUCUGAUGUACCACCAGAAGGUGUUUUCACACUUCUGUUACCCAGCACCAUUAUUGGCUUCAACAUACAGGAAAAGAAAUGGGCCGAUCUCGAAGUUAGUCGCAUGUACGCGGUGAAAUGGAACAAAGAUGCAUUCGAUUCAUUAGCUAGAGAUAACGACACCAAGACCCUCAUCACAUCUUUAGUCGCAAACCAAAUCAAAGAAGAGCAGAGCCCAGGACUCAUCGGUAGAAAGGGAACUGGCUCAAUUAUCCUAUUACACGGCUCUUCUGGAACUGGUAAAACAAUGACAGCAGAAAGCGUGGUAGAGGUGGUCGAAAAACCACUCUACAUAACCUCAUGCAGCGAGAUAGGAACGACACCAGAAGCACUCGAAAAAUCCCUCGAACAGAUUCUCUAUCUUGGAAAAGUCUGGAAAUGCGUCAUACUCCUCGAAGAAGCCGAUAUGUUUAUCGAGAAAAGGACCUUGGGAGAUCUUCAUCGCAACGCAUUAGUCUCUGUAUUCUUACGUGUAAUUGAGUCAUACAACGGGAUUAUCAUUCUCACGAGUUCGCCUAUUUAUGCUAUGGACGAGGUUCUCAAAUCUCGCAUUCAACUUUCGCUCCGCUACUCUCCUCUUACUUUGGCCCAACGAACCAAAAUAUGGGAAACGCAUAUCACACAGCUCGAAUCAUUAGAAUCGCUAUUCAAUCCCUCCACGAUAAAUAUCUCGGAACUCCGAGCAAAUUUACCCACAUUGGCGAAGUACAAGCUCAAUGGACAUGAAAUCGGACACGCAGUCAGAACAUCGAGACAACUAGCUCUAUGGAAGGGUAUCCCUAUGGGAUUUGAAGAAGUGCGGUAUGUGGUGAGUGUCUCAGGUAGAUACGAAGAUGCAGAUGAAGAAGAGAAGAAAAAUGCGGGAGAUGUGGUGAGAGGGGUCGUGGAUGAGGCGGAUGAGGAUCCCUAUGAUGGUGUCGAAGAUUUAAUGAGUGUUGCGGGAUUAUGA